UUUCCCGCUCGGACCUCGCAAGGAGAUUUCAGAGCUCUUCGGACCACCAGACUUCAGCCGCCAAGGGGAGGGGAGCAGCAGACUAGCAGGUCAGCGAGCACACCCCACCCACUCGCCCCACCUCAAUGCGUUUUGGUUCCGCGCUAGCGCGGGAGACGGGGCGCGAGGGAUCCGCCUCCUCUUCGGCUCUGAUGCGUUGAUCUGGUUCUCAGCGAGGUUUGCUCUAUGGGGAAUCGUUCUCGGCUAAGUGCAGCCAAGGAAAGCAUGCAAUCAAUCAGUGAAGAGACGGAGAGUAGCAGCAGAGAAGCAGAACCAAGCAGAGUUCACCAAUUGAAAUGCAGAGAUGAAAAAUUCAAAGAACCAUGCCUCGACCGAAUUCCUAAUUUCCAUUGCAAAAGUUUGCCUUCAAGAUAUCGAGAUGGAAACCCGGAAGAUAGCAUCAUGCACAAGCGAGGCUCUAUGUAUCAGAGUUCCAGUGAGGUUAGCAGACUCAGGAAUCUCCAAGGGAGGAGGAAAAUAAAUUAUUCGAGCAAUAAAGACACAUUUUUAUCCUUUGAGGUUGUCAAUUCGUCCUCUCAGCCUAGCACAAGUUGUGCUAGCUUCUUUCCGCAGCGGAGCUAUUCAUGCAAUACAAGGUCUUCUAUGGGGACAACUCAUUCAAUGCUUCAAGCUUCCAGGGAGUUUAUGAAGCUUUCCCUCCAUGAAAUUCCUGAGGAUGACUUAACACUUGAGAGGCCCCGCAGGGACUGCAAUUUGUUGAAAAAUGAUGCAACAGACAGUUUCCUGGAGAUUUCACUUGAAGAAGAUACCACCAAAGGUUCAUGCACAAAUGCAGCCCCCCAUUUGCUAGAAAGCAGUUGCAUCAAAGUUGCAAGAUCAAAUUGUCAACAGUCAGUUGAUAUUUGUCCUGAUCAAAGAGAUGUAAGUAAUCUGCCCAAGUCCUUGUCGACGAAGGUGGGUGUUUUUGAUGCUACAUGCCCAUCAGAAUGUGUUGGCAACAAAAAGGCUCGAUCUAGCCCGUUCAAGAAAAUUCUUGAUCCUAUCAUGAAGUCAAAGUCUCAACGAAAUCCUUCUCUGAUGGAAACAGAAGAUGCAAAAUCUAGUAGUACGCCAUUUGGAGUAAAAAGUAGAGGAUUACGCAAAUCUUUGUUAAGUGAUAUUUCAAGGACCGAGCAAACCCUAGCACUUGAUUGCCAGACAAGUGGGGAAGCCCAGCAAUUGACCGUUACUUCAUCACCAACUCAUCUUCAUGCUGUUAUUAAAUUGGAUCCAAAUAAUGGUGCUUUUGGUUUUGAGUUUUGUACCAAGGGCCCAGAAGAAUCAAUUUAUGCUAACACAUGGAAAGCUGGGAAUGAACUGAAUUGGAUUUAUACUUUCCAUAGCAGUGGCAAGCGAGCGAGCACUGUAGGAAGGGCCUCCAAGGAUAGGCGUGGUUGUCUACCACCAAUUGUGGGCCAGAUGCAUGUGUCUUCCUAUUUGUACUCGAAUAUUGAAGAGGAUGGUACUUUGAAUAACUCAGCCACCACAGAAUUUGUUUUGUAUGACAUUGCUCAUGCAAGACGGAGUUCUGCUGUUGAGAGAAUUCAAUGCACAGAUGCCAUUCCACCAUCGUUCCGCAAUGUUUUCAAUACUUCAGUCUCUAGGCAUACCCGAGACAGAAAUGAUCUGGUGCAGCGACAAAAUACUACAAGGAAUGACUCAGAUCUAUCGACAUCUUGUCUUUGGUCGCAAGAAGAUCUUCAUCCUCAUUUGGAGGUUGCUGCUGUCGUGAUCCAGGUGCCAUUUCAUAAAACAAAGUCCAAAGAAUUGAAAGCUGGAUCAUCACCCGGUACUAUCAAAGCGGCUACAGCAGGUGGUGCACAUGGGUUACCAAGGGAUGAUGAGGCCAGUCCAUCACCAUUACUUGACCGUCUGAAGUCUGGUGGAGUCUGUGAUUGUGGCGGAUGGGACAUGUCUUGCCCAAUUGUUGUCCUUGACAAUGCAUAUGAUAGUUACUGGGCUGAUUCUGUGAGGAAUGAAAGCAAAGUUCCUAUGGAUCUAUUUGCUCAGGGUAACAAAGAAGUUCUCCCUGCCCUUUCGAUGAAGGCAGAUGGGAAUGGGCAUUUCUCGGUGGAUUUUCAUGCACGACUAUCGGCGUUGCAGGCGUUUUCUAUCUGCAUCUCUUUGCUUCACUGUUCUGAAGCUUCUUCAGACAUUGGUAUCGAAAAGUUCAAGAGCAAGCUAUACUCCAGUUCGCUGAAGAUGCUCCUGAAGGAGGAAGUGAGGCAGUUAAUCGAUUCGGUCACGACCAAGGAGAAGAAUGACCCGAAGAUCAGGAAUGAAAAAACACCUCCGUCUAUUGUCAUCGACCCUCCCUUCUCUCCCAUGGGAAGAGUAUAGCAUGUGAAUAAGCAGCUGAGUAACUCAUGGGAGUAAAAAGAUAAGAAAAUCAGAACAUUCCCAUUAGUUUUUACCAUGUUCAUUUUUUUUGAGAUAAAAAGGAGAAUAACCAUGUUCAUAACGAUGGAGGAUGCUUGUAGUUCAUAAUUGUAGUAUUAGCUUUUAGCAACCAAGGGAGGGCAUGGAUUAUUGCUGUAAUCCACCAGAGAAUACACAAUGUAUGAGCCAGCUCUGAAAGAACAAGAGCAUAAAGAAACCAGAUUGUAGCCAUUUUUCCUGUGUAAAAACAUUCUGGGAAUCUCUGAUCUGUUGUCUUUGCAAGUGCAUUUUUUCUUGUUCUAA